AUGACAUCUAUAAUUAAUAAUACAAAUUCCACAGUUUUUGAUUCAACCAAUAACGGAAACAUGGCUAUUUUAGAACCAGUUCAACCUGUUCUGAAAGGACCAAAAGGAAUAACAUUUUCUGGACAAACUUUUGUUGUUCCAGAAACUCAUGAUAUGGUGAAAACUUUAUUCGACCCCACAGUUAGGAAAUCAAAUUUUGAAUUAAUUAUCUUGGGUUGUUUAUUUUCCAAUUUGUUAGUAUUUUUAAUUCCUAAUAAUCAAAUUAGAAUUUAUAUAUUCAUUGCCUUGUAUAUAUUUUGGAGAUUAUCUUAUAAUUUUGGUAUUGGUUGGUUAUUACAAAAUCAAUCUAAUCAUAAUUUGUUAGUAUCAUGGUCACAAAAAUACAAAUUGUUCGAACCGGGAAAUACUAGUUUUUUAGCUAAAUCAAUUCAAAAUGAAAUUAAAAGUCAAAGAGGUGAAAAUUAUGAUAUUAAAUCAAUGCCAGUAGAAUUCAAUACUUGGUUGAUUUUCAGAAAAUUUGUAGAUUUAAUAUUAAUGCUGGAUUUUAUUACAUUUUGUUGUGUUGUUUAUUGUUCAGCAAUUAAAAAUAAUUAUCAAUUUUUUAAUAAUCAAUCAUCUUGGUUAGUUUAUUCAAGAAUUGUUUUCGGAACUGGGUUAAUAUUAUUUAAUUUAUGGGUUAAAGUUAAUGCUCAUAAUACCAUUAAAGAUUAUGCAUGGUAUUGGGGUGAUUUUUUCUUUAGACAAAUCAAUAAUGAAGAAUUGAUAUUUGAUGGAGUAUUUGAAAUGGUUCCCCAUCCAAUGUAUUCAGUAGGGUAUGUGGGAUAUUAUGGAUUUGCUUUAAUUGCUAAAUCUUAUGUUGUAUUGGCAAUUGCUAUAUUUGGUCAUUUCUUACAAAUGAUUUUCUUACAUUAUAUUGAAAACCCUCAUAUUGAUAAAAUUUAUGGUCCUUCUAAAAAUGAAAUCAAUUUAAUUAAAAUAUUGAAAUUAAAAGAUUUGAAAAAUUUCGAUAAUUUGAAACCAUUGGUAGGAUUAACAAAUUUUAAUUGGAUGAGAGCUAGUGAUAUUGUUAAUUUGGUAUUGAGUUUAACUUAUGGGAUAAUUAUCCCGUUAUUUGCCAAUUCAAUUAAACUGUUAUUUAUUUUAACGGUGGGGAUGAAAUUAUUUGAAUCGAUUUCCAUCAAUUUAUUAUUGACUUUACAAAGUUAUUUUAAAGUUGUUACCAAAUGGUCUCUUUCAAAUGAUAUCCCAGUUGAGAAAUCAUUGAGUAAUUGGGCUGUUUUAUAUAAUUCAUUGAUUAAUUUGACUUAUUCUUCAUUAUUUGGAAUGAAUUUAGGUUAUUUCCUUCAAAAAUCUUCUUCUUCAUCAUCGUCAUCAUCAUCUAGUGGGUUAUUGUUUUCUGAUUGGUUUUAUUUAAGAAUCUUUUUAGGGUUAUUAUUAGUUUAUACUCAAUUUUGGAUCAAUUUUUCAAUUAUUGAUCUGAUUGGUUAUUUUGGUUGGUUUUAUGGUGAUUUUUUCAUUCCUAAAUCUCAAAGUUCAAUUAAAAAUAUCACAACUGCUGGUGUAUAUCGUUAUUUAAAUAACCCAGAACAAAUUUUUGGAGUUUGUGGAGUUAUGGGUAUUUUCAUGAUUUAUCCAACGGUAGAAAAUUUCAUUUGUGUUGGAUUAUGGGUAGUUAAUAAUUUUAUUAGAAUCAAUUUUAUUGAAAAAUCUCAUAUGGUGAAAUUAUAUGGAGAACAAGAAGUCAAUAGAGAUUCUGGAGUAACUAAAACUGUUAAAAAACAUUUACUUCCAGAAGUUAUUCAAAGAAGAAUGAGUAAUGAUGAAGCAUAUGCUAGAACUAAUGGUAUUAGUAAUGGAAGAAGAAAAAGUAGUAAUAAUUCCCAUAGUAAUUCGGUUGCUGAUUCAUUAGAUAAUUUCAUUAGAGAUUUAAGAAAUUCAUCUACUAAAUUAUCACAACAAAAAUUGAUUGAAUUGUCACAAAAUUUAUCAUUUGCUAAUUCUGAUUAUAAGUUAACCAUUGAUGGAUUAAUGCAAUCUACUGAAGGAGAAUUGAAAUAUACAACUAUUGGUACGCCAGUUACUAUUUCAUGGACUUCACCAGAGAAAAAUCAUUCAGUUCGUGAUUGGGUUGGAUUAUAUAAGAUUGUUCAAACGUCAUAUUCCAGAAAUAAAACUAUUCUUUCAUCAGCUGGGAGAUGGACUUGGUGUAAAGAAGCUAACGGAACAUUUAUUUUUGAUAGAGAGAAAUUAUUUUGGGAAGAAGGGGUUUAUGAAUUUAGAUAUCAUUUAGAUGGUAAACAUGAAGUUGCUUAUAUUUCUGAACCAUUUGAAAUUAAAAGUGUUGAAUUGGAUGUGCCUGCAAUUGAAGAAUAUGCAAAUGAAUUUGCUGAAAAUUUGAAAUUAGAAAUAUUUGAUAAAGUUAUUAAUCUUACUAAUAUCAAUGAAGCUAUUUCACCUAUUGCUAAUCAAUCAGAUAAUGUUAUUGAAGUUUAUAAAUUAAUCAGUUCAAUGAUUUCAAAAUCAACUAAAAUUAACAUAACUUAUAAGAUUUUUUUAAAUCAUGAUUUAUUAUCAAUUAAAGAUGUUGCUAUUAAACUUAUCAAUAUAAAACAUGUAUUAGAAGAAUUAUCCUUCAAUAUUACUACUGACAAAAAAGAUAUAUAA